UAAUUACCACGUCUAAUUACCAGCACUAACCGUGAUGUGCUGACCUUACGAUGAGUUCCUCCCCAGCCCUCGAGCCUUCCUCCCCCUCUACCACCACCCCCUCGUCGCCUGCGUUGCGGCCGCCGGAAUACCCGCCAUUCCAAACGUCGACGCCCAAUUAUAUCGCGAAGAAGCCGAAUAAUCCGUCGCUGAACGUGAUAUUGCCGGCGCCGGCGCCCAUCACUCCCACAUACGGCGAGCCGACGCUAACGCCGCCCCCGCGCUCCCCCGGCGCCGCGCACUCCCCCGCCACCCCCGCGGCCGGCGACCGCCACCACCCGCCAGACGGGACCUCGUCCGAUAAGUCGUCAGAAACAGCGGUAGGCGGCAUAUCGCGAACGCCGAGCACCGCGCUAUCCCGCAAAGAAAGUUAUAAGGCCCAGAGACAACACUAUAGGAGGGAGAAAAAACGAGCUGCGACUGCGUUACUGCACUCUAUAGAGGACCCAUCGGUUGUAGUGCUCGCUGAUUGGCUGAAGGUCCGCGGCUCCCUGAAAUCAUGGACGAAGCUGUGGUGCGUGCUCAAACCUGGUCUUUUGUUGCUCUACAAGAGUUCUAAGGCAAAGAGCAGCCACUGGGUUGGCACCGUCCUGCUAACCUCCUGCCAAGUGAUAGAGCGUCCAAGCAAGAAGGACGGGUUCUGCUUCAAGCUGUACCACCCCCUCGAGCAGAGCAUCUGGGCGCCGCGCGGGCCCCACAACGAGACCAUAGGUGCGGUGGUGCAGCCCCUCCCGACGGCGCACCUGAUAUUCCGGGCCCCCUCGCAGGCGGCGGGGCACUGCUGGCUCGACGGUCUCGAACUAGCCCUCCGCUGCAGCAAUGCUAUGCUCAGGUGUUCCCGUUCCCGUCCGGAGCAGACGGUACCCGACGCGCCGACCACAGACACUAAUAUAUCACAUGAAGAGCUCGAGAAACACUUCAACGAGCACGAGCUAGCGGGCGCGGCGUCCGACACGGACAGUGAGGCGUCGCGGACGAUGCCGGAGCCGGAGCCGCGGCGCGGCGCGGCGCAGCGCAGCGCGGUGGAGCGCAUCGAGGCGCUCUACGUAGAAGACCCGGACAGAGAAACGGGCGCGGCGGGCGAGCUGGUAGAAGAAGUGGCGGAAGAGAACAAGUCCCUCCUCUGGUUCCUGCUGAAGCAGGUGCGGCCAGGAAUGGACCUCAGCAAAGUCGUGUUACCCACCUUCAUCUUGGAGCCGCGGUCUUUCCUCGACAAGUUGUCCGACAACUAUUACCACGCGGACAUAUUGGCACAAGCUCAACACGUAGAAGACCCGUACACCCGGUUCAAGCUGGUCCUGCGCUGGUACCUAUCUGGCUUGUACCGCAAGCCCAAAGGGCUUAAGAAGCCCUAUAACCCUGUUCUAGGCGAGACUUUCAGAUGCUGCUGGAAGCAUCCAGACAGCAGGACCAACACAUACUACGUGGCUGAACAGGUGUCCCACCACCCGCCUGUGUCAGCUUUCUACGUGUCAAAUAGAAAAGAAGGUUUCGUUAUAGAGGGAAGUUUAUUAGCAAGAUCCAAAUUUUAUGGUAACUCGACGUCGGCCAUCUUGGAGGGAUGCGCGAGAGUGCACCUGCUCACUUGGGGGGAGAGCUACGUCACCACGGCGCCCUACGCGCACUGCAAGGGCAUCGUCAUAGGAACACUCAGCAUGGAGCUGGGGGGGAAGGUGCAUGUCAUGUGCGAGAGCACCGGCUAUAGUGCAGACAUCGAAUUUAAAUUAAGGUCAUUCCUGGGCGGUUCGGAGCAGACGAACCUAAUAUCGGGUCGCAUCAAAAAGGGGAAAGACACAGUUGCGACGGUCGAGGGCUACUGGGACGGCAGGAUCGACAUCCGGGACAAGAGGAACGGGGAGGAAGCGACCCUUCUCGACGUGGCCGUCCUGAAGGAACAGCGGCUGACCCGGUACCUCAUGAAGUUAGAAAACCAGCAGGAGUUCGAGUCCCAGCGGCUCUGGCUACAAGUCUCCGAGGCCAUACACAACGAGGACCAGGUGGCAGCAACAGAACAGAAGACAAUAAUAGAGGAGGCGCAGCGGGCGCGGACGCGCGCCACCAUCGCGCCGUGGGUUCCGCGCUUCUUCCACAAGGAGAACCACGUCAUCUGUCCCGACGGGGUCCAGGACCAGGGCUGGCGGUACAACCACUCCAACACGAGCCCCUGGCAACCGUCCGAAGUAUUUGAAUACGAGGAAGACUUCGUAAUCACCUCAGCGGUUGGCAGCACGAGCUCGAUGCGACCCGAGCGGCUCGAGCGGCACGAGCGACUCGAGCGGCACUCACUCGAGCGACGCGAGCGAUCCGACUCGGACUCGCGACAGGAGCUCGCUACGAGAUCCAAGCAUGCACGAACGCUAAAGCAGCACCUCAACUCCCUCGACACAACCCUCCGAGAGCAGGGCGUCACGCUGGAGCGCCUCACUCGCGCCGUAGAGCAACUCGACCGGCGACCGCAGACCACCAGCAGGAUGCCCAGCACCGGGUACAGCUGGGACCUGUUCUCAGGGUUCGUGAUAGCCAUGGUACUGCAGGCGGUACUUAACUGGAUGUUUUAUAACAAAGACUGAAACUGCUCUGAAAUUUUCUGUGGACACAGAUGGUGAUACCAGGGUGAAUUAACUUCUUCUUGUCACUAGUUGCCAUGGUUACGGUCUCCUGGGUCACUCUUAAAAUGCUAGUUUUUUCGUAUUUAAAUGAACCAAACAUGAUUUUUUUUGUAGUUAUAAGGCCUUUCCAUAAUGGGACAUCUACUAAGCACGUUUGUAGAACAUGGUACAGCAGGUCGCCUAAGAAACUAUGCUACUAUUGUCUCCUGGCUGAUGGGACAGAAUAAGAACAAGAAAUAGUUGAUCGACCCACCAAUAAUUGGUGUUGAUUCGUUUUUAGGUAGGUGUAGACCAGGGUAAGUCUGCAACGAUUUUCAUAGCACACGCAUUGCAAGUGUUAUUUAUAUAGUUGUUUAAGCAAAUCUUGUCAAUAGAAGAAGGCGGCAAAUAUAAAAAAACGUAGGCGCGAAGAGUACCAUAGAAAAUUUGAAUUUCGCCCCUUUUUCUACUGACAAGAUUUGCUUGAAGUAUAUGUCAUAAUUUCAUAGAAGUGUGACGUUUAAAAUGACACUUGCACGGCGUGUGCUAUCAAAAUCGUUGCAAACUUACCUCGGUCUGACUCUAAACAAUCUUGAAGUGUCUUUUUCUAGAAAAACGCUUCAAAAAUUUAGUUAUGAAACAAAGAGAAUAAGUGAUCAUAUAAUAUAUGCUAUAUAAUUGGUACAUGUUUGCUGUGACUUAUUUUUCAAAAGUGUUUUUCAAUAAAAAGAUACGUUAAGAUUGUUUACUUUUUUUUCUAAUG